AUGGCAAACACAACUCUUCCUCAUUCUUCUCUGUGCGUCACCGCAACAGACUUUGAGAAAGUCGCAAAAAAUGUCCUACCAGAGAAGUCAUGGGUAUAUGCAUCAAGCUCAGCUGCUUCUGGCCUGUCAAUGAAGGCCAAUCUCGAUGACUGGGCUUUGAUCAACUUCCGACCCCGGAUCUUGAGGAAGGUUGAUUCACUAGACACUCGAAGGAACAUCUUGGGACAUACCUCCCAGUUCCCAUUCUUCGUAUCAGCUAUGGGUACACUGGGCAGCUCACACCCUGGCGCUGAACCCUUGCUGGUGAGAGGAGCAACCCGUAAAGGCAUGCACACCAUGAUCAGUACGGCGUCUACUAAGCCGCUCGAAGAAAUCAUGGAUGCUCAUCUGGACGAGCAACGGUUACUCAACAAUCAAAGCCCUUCGAACUUGUCAUUCCAGCUCUACGUGCCUGUGGAUCGGACAAGAGCCAAGUCCCUCAUUCAAAGAGUCAAGGCAGCCGGAUAUCACAGCCUGUGGGUCACAGUGGAUACUUCAACACUAGGAAAGCGUACUGCCGACCGCUACCUCCAAGCACAAGAAAAUCUCGAGGCUGGUGCUGGAGAUGCAAGAGACAUUCACAAUGAGAACGACUUUGCACCAGCGUUCGGAGGUCGGCAGGUUCCCGGUUCGGUAGAUGGUGGUCUCACCUGGGAAGAUUUGGACUGGAUUGCAUCAGAAUGGAAAGGGCCACUUGUUCUCAAGGGAAUUCAAAGUGUAGAGGAUGUGAAGCUGGCUGUCCAACAUGGCGUACAGGGAAUUCUAUUGAGCAAUCAUGGAGGCAGACAGAUUCAUUCCGCCCCAAGCUCAUUGAUGACCCUCCUAGAGAUUCGCACAUACUACCCAGAAGCCUUCGACAAGCUCCAAGUGUUUGUUGACGGAGGUCUUCGCGAUGGAGCAGAUGUCCUCAAGGCGUUGUGUCUCGGAGCCACUGCGGUUGGAGUGGGUCGGCCUUACUACUAUGCCCUCGCGGCAUACGGCGCCGAAGGAGUGGAAAGAUGUACAGACAUCCUCUCCGAAGAAGUUGAAAUCACCAUGAAGAUGCUUGGAGUCUCUUCCCUAUGCCAACUGCGACCAGAAAUGGUAAACACCAGCCGGCUAGCGAAUGAAAUGUGGCGACCAGGAUUUGGGAAGUCUAAGUUGUGA